UCGAAAGGAUAUUGAAAAUGCGUUGGUUAUUCGUUGUGUGUGUGUUGCCCUUACUUUCAAUCCUGGUGGCGGUUAAUGGGAUGGCCAUCAGCAAUGUACGAUUGGAAGAAGGUAGUGGACGCUACGAAGGACGAGUAGAGGUCAGCAUUGCCGGUAUAUGGGGAACGAUCUGUGACGACGGCUUCGAUAUAAAUGAUGCCAAGGUCGUCUGUAGGAUGUUGAAUAUGACGGCCACCGGGUUUUUGCAUCACUCCCGUCGUGGUCAAGGCUCUGGACCUAUAUACUUACGGAACCUGGCGUGUAACGGUCACGAGACUAAUAUUAACCAAUGUGCGUACGGCAUCGACGUCAGCGCUUGUACGCAUUCCGACGAUGUGUCCGUCAUUUGCUCAGAAUGUGGGGCCAUCAAUGUGACAAACGGCCGACCGGAUUCCAUUUCAUCAACCGGAACAUCCUUGACCAUUUCAUGCAAGGAUGGAUUCAACGCAGAUACCUAUUCCAGCGUAUGUGAAGUGAGAACAUGGACAAACAACCCAAUCUUUUGCCGCUCAUCGCUUAAGAUCCAGAGUAUGCGACUUGCUAAUGGGAUCGGUCUUUACGAUGGUAGAGUAGAAUUACAAGUGAACGGAUCCUGGGGAACAAUAUGUGGUCUAUCUUCUCUGUCUUCUCAAACAACAUAUUAUUUCUCAACUGAGGAGGCUGAAGUGAUCUGCUACAGUAUGUUUGGAAAAAGGUCAAUCACAUCUUACGAUUACUACUCUCGGUAUGGACAAGGUAAUGGCACAGUUUAUAUUGACCAGCUGCGCUGUAACGGAAACGAAGAGAGUAUCCUCGACUGCAAUUACGUUUUGAAUACAACAUGUUCCCAUUAUUAUGAUGCGAGUGUUGCAUGUAAUCUUGCCCCUUUGAAUUUCACGGACAUUCGUCUUAUUGGAAACGACAGUGAUGCUGGUCGUGUGGAAAUAAAGGCCAAUAAUACUUGGGGAACUGUGUGCCCUAACGGUAUAGCUACAAAUACGGCGAAUUUUAUAUGCAAGAUGCUAAACAUGAGUUUCACACACUUUUUAACAUCUUGGUACGAUCCAGGGUCAGCACCGAUUUUAGUUGAUUAUUUGUCGUGUUCCUCAUACUAUACCACCCUCACCCAGUGCAGCCACACAUCGCCGUAUCGAGGAUAUUAUACAAAGGGAGACAUAUUGUCACUUAUUUGCUCUGACUGUGGAGAGGCGAACGUUGUUCACGGAAAGAUAACAAAUUAUCACAACAAAACGUUGACGGUGACAUGUAAUGAAGGAUAUGACCCUCCGACUAUUAUACUGCAUUGCGUCGAUGGCGGUUGGAGUGGAAAUGCAACAUGUAUCGCAGCUGGCUACCCGCUGGCUAUCCAGGACGUCCGACUGUCACAUGGACCUUACCAUGGAAGGGUAGAGGUAAAGGUCAACAACACCUGGGGGACAAUAUGCGGCAAUGAAUAUGACUACAGAGACGCUGGUGUUAUUUGCAAGAUGUUCGGAGUCAGCCGUUCAAGUUAUGGUAAAGCAACCUAUGGAAGAGGACAAGGUCCCAUCUAUAUGACAAAUAUGGGGUGUACCGGAUCUGAGAAAGAUAUACGAAACUGCAGUUAUGCUGUUAAGAAUAACUGUACUCAUUCAACUGAUGCUUCUGUUUUGUGCUACGGCCUGCCAUUAAAUAUUUCGGAGGCAAGAAUUAUCGACGGACCGAGUCAGUAUAUUGGAAGAGCAGAAAUUAAAGUGAACGGAACAUGGGGAACAAUGUGUGACAGAUCUUUUAGCAGUUACAAAGAUAGUUAUCAUUUGUUUUGCAAAAUGCUUGGCUUAAAAGGUGCAGAGUUUUACAGCAAUUCCCGAUACGGUCAAGGGUCUGGGCCCGUGUAUAUUGAUGAAAUAAUGUGUUACCCCUCUACUGCUUCUUUAAACGAGUGUCGUUACCGUUCAUACAAUGUAUGCUCCCAUCAGCGCGAUGUCUCCAUUGCAUGUUAUGGGCCACCGCUGAAUAUAUCUGAGGUGCGUUUGGUGAAUGGUACUGGCCCAGAUGAUGGAAGAGCAGAAAUUCUUAUAAACGGAAAGUGGGGGACGAUAUGUGAUGACAGUUUUAAUAUCAACGACACAGAAGCAUUUUGUACGAUGCUUGGAAAAAAAGGAGCCCAGUUCUUUACUGCUGCAUAUCACGGACAGGGGACCGGACCGGUGCACAUUGAUCGUCUUGAUUGCAAUUCGUCUAGCCAAUCCCUAAGCGAUUGUCCAUAUCUCUACACAAACACAUGUAGUCAUGCACGAGAUGUUUCUGUGGUUUGCAAUGAUUGCGGAAAACCGGACAUAUAUUUCUGGGAUGCCGGAUAUUUCAGCUACAAGGGGUCAAUCCUUUAUGCUGAUUGCUCCUACUACAAAAAAUAUGUAGGAGUACUGGAACUGACCUGUGAUAACUUCACCAAAAAGUGGAUCACAAACGGAGAGUGUCAGGAAUAUAGAUUUCCACUGGAGGUAACCGAUAUCCGUUUAGUCAACGGCAGUGCCCCAGGAACUGGGAGAGUAGAAUUGAAGUCAAUGAACACCUGGGGCACGAUUUGUGGAGAUGGCUUCGACAUUAACGCAGCAAACGCCAUCUGCCAAAUGACUGGCUACCCUCCGGCUAAAACAUUCUAUAAAUCGGCCCAUUUUGGACCAGGAUUUGGACCUAUAUUCAUAGACGAUUUAGCUUGUAAUGCGAACGCGACGCACAUCAACAACUGUUCUUAUAUCACUGAAGACAACUGCAAUCAUAACAACGAUAUAUCUGUUGUUUGUACAGACUGUGGGAAUCCAACGCCAGCCAAUGGAUUUGUUAAUUCGACUCAGUCUCAUCUUGGUGCCAAAGUCCAUGUUGGCUGCAACAAUGGUUAUCGAUUGAAUGGAAGUGAAACGAUUGUUUGUGAGCAAAACGGCUGGUCACAAUCAUUUUGUCAGUUGAUUGAUUGCGGAGAUCCUACGCCAAUGUAUGGUUCAAGUAAUGUAACAACUACAGGAAACGGAACUAUAGUUGAAAUCAACUGUGACGAAGGAUAUACCAUGGAAGGCAGCGCAAUAAUCUCAUGCCAAGAAAAUGAUACAUGGACAGACUCAACGAUUUGCCAAAUAGUUGGUUGUGGACAUCCCAAACAUCCAAAUGUGGACUUUAUUUUACCAACGAACAAAACGACAUUUGGGUCGUUUGCAGUUGCGUCAUGCUCAAUGGGAUAUGGUCCUACAGGUUCAACUACUAUCCAAUGCCUGGCCAAUUCAUCUUGGGAAAGUUUUCCAACUUGCGAAAUAGUCGAUUGUGGAAACCCAGUUCCGAGUGGAGGUAUGGCAAAUGAUAGUAGUACAACAUACGGAGCGGUUGUUUUUAUCACUUGUACAAGUGAAGAUGUGAAAGGAGACCCUGUAAUUACCUGUCAACAAGAUGGCACAUGGAGCGAUUAUCCUACAUGCAAUGCAUCAGACUGCGGAACGAUAUCAGUUCCAAAUGGUAAGGUAAAUACAUCACUGGGCACGACUAUUGGAAGUAAUGCUAUCGUGAAAUGCAAUGCAGGAUAUUUUGUUAAUGGUUCGUCCAGGAUCGUUUGUACUGACAAAGGUUGGGACGGAAAUCUAGUAUGUUUCAAACAAGAUUGCGGCGACUUUCUGGUAAGCAACGGUCACGUGACGUAUUUUGAUGGCACACUUUUUGGGGAUGUAGCACAAGUUGAUUGCGACACAGGAUUUUCUAUCCAAGGUGAUGCAACUGUAACCUGCGAAGAUGGUCCAGCAUGGAGCAGCAUUCCAAGCUGUGAAAUUAAAGACUGUGGGUCGUUGAAAGAGCCUGGAUCCGGAGGAGUAACGGUGGAUUUAACAACCUAUAAUUCAACCGCUGAAUUCAAAUGUGAUGACGGCUAUUUUUUGUUUGGCGAUGCCGUGCUGGUCUGCAUGUCAGAGGGGAAAUGGAGUAGUGAUCCUCCAACAUGCUUGAAGAAGUCGGCCAUCGACGGUCCAUGCGACUCGCCGGAUAAUUGCGCAGCUAAACAAGCAGUGUGUUCCAACAAAAUUUGCUUAUGUUCUUCUGGAAUAUUCAACGAUGCCUUGAACACAUGCGACAUAAUGCCUUUACUUCCUUUUGGAGAGAUCACAAAUGACCGGUUCGUAAAUAAACGUUGCAGUGAGAAAAUCUCGUUUGCUCCGGGAAUUCCAGUUUUUAGUAAAACGUAUUUUGAUUUGUAUGUUUGUUUAAACGGAAUAGUAAGCUUUGAGAGAGAAUACCAAAAGCCGACACCUCCAUCUGAUAGAUUUGACCUUUUAAAGUUUGGUGAACGGGUUUUGAUUGCACCGUAUUUUUCUGAUUUCAAUCCCAAAAAUGGUCGGGUCUCGUUUAGAACAUACGACAUAUUGAAAAACAACAAGGAACUGGAAGAUAAUAGAGACGUUAUUUCGACGGUCGAUCACGUCGUGGAAACGUUUGGUGGGGUGCCUUUAUUCAGUACAAAAUUCUUGCUUAUAGCUACUUGGGAAAACCUUGAAAAUAAGGGUCAAGGACAAGGCUCGGAUAAAGAGUCUGUUACUUUUCAACUGAAUUUAGUUAGCGACGGAUCGCAUACGUUUGCACUGUUUACCUACGGAAAUGGGGAGAUGUUGUGGAACUUGAGAAAGCAAGAUCCAAAAAUCUGGAUUGGAUAUUAUGCCCAAAAUAAUAGCGUUUAUACGCAUCCAUUUUCUUUUUCAAACAAUGCGUUAAGAAUGGAUACUGUGGAACUUGGUCAAUCCGCAAAACUAAAAGGAGUUGUGCUGAGACCGUUAACGCUAUAUGGAAAGACAAAACAAAACUAUGCCGUGAACUGUAUUUCCUGGUACAACAAAAACAUUCAUGAAAAGUUUCGCAUGAAUCAAAUUUCGUCGAACCUUCCACAUUGCCCUUGCGAUAUAGACCUGGGGAGAUUUGACCCAUGGUUCUGGAACCUUCAGAAGUAUAGGAGGUAUGGCCAACAAGGCUACGGUUGUGUUGAUAUGCUGCAACGACCUGACAGUAAAUAUACCCAAUACGGCAAGUCAUGCUGCUAUGACCUGAAUGCGAGAUUUCUAAUGUUUGAGCGACCGUUGGCCGGAUCAUUUAGAAUGUUCAACCCACAUAUACUUACCAACGAAAAACAACAUUAUGAAAACGACAUUCUACCGAAAGAUUGGUGCUGUAACCUAUCUGGUUUUUGUGACCAUUAUUAUGAACUUCGUCCAACUGGCUCCUGUUACAGAAAAUCACCAUAUUCCUUUGGAGCAUUUUGGGGAGACCCGCAUUUCCAAACACUAGACUUAAUGAACUUCACUUUCAAUGGUCUAGGAGAAUUUACCUUACUUCAGAUUGAGACAGCAAACAUAAGUUAUUAUCUUCACGCAAGGACUACACGCGCUUUAAAACAAGAUGGAAAUUUUUCUGACGCGACUAUUUUCAGCGCUUUUGCAUCUAUGGACAAUACAGGGGCGAAUGUCCAUGUUGAAUUAAACCAAGCAAAAACAGGUCUGACCAUUUACGCCAACAAAGUCGACAUUUCGGGUCAUUUUCAAGAUAACCCAGACUUCAACUUUUCGAGCAAUGGAACAAUUCUUUUGGCAAAAUCUGGUGGCUCAUUGUUCGCCGUCUUUCAAAAAAGUGGAAUUGCACUUAACAUUUCUGUUAACGUAGGAAUGUUAUCACUAAGCACAAUUGUUCCUGACACAUUUAAUGGACUUACGAAAGGACUUCUUGGAAAUUAUGAUGGUGAUCCUGCGAAUGACUUUCAGAUGCCGAAUGGAACCAUUUUGAAAGCAAACAUGACAGAAAGAGAAGUAUUUGAAUAUGGAAAGAACUGGGAAAUUAGUACAAACUUAUCAGCUUUCGUUUAUCCUGACGGAAAGUCGCACGACGAUUAUCACAAUAAAACUUACAUACCAAGCUUUCUUGAUGAAGCUGACAAAGAUAAAAUCAAAACGGCCGAAAACCUGUGUGGCGGAUCUCAGAAUUUUGAAUGCAUCUUCGACUACGUUUUUACGGAUCUCGAGGAAGUUGGUAAAAUGACAAAUGCGAUAAAAGGACAAGUGGAAUCCUCUAGAAAAGAAAUAGAGGAAGAACUCCCGUUUUUGCAAGGCUGUUCAAGUCUUAACAUCACCAAAGGAGAAAGCAUUUCGUGCACGUUAAAUCAUUCACAGAAUGACAAUAUUUACUUUUUGAAGAACAAUAUUGGUGCUGUUUACCAUAAGACAAACUCAACAUUAUCUUUCAUUUACAACGAUUCAUCUGAAGUGCAGCUGAGUUUUGUAGCUAAGAACACGCAAAACCGAUCCUCAACGGCAGUAAAUCCUCAUAUUCUUCUCUGUACGGGAUGUAACGGUCGCGGUAACUGCAGUGGAACUCCGCGGGGAAACGCGUCAGAAAAUGGGCAGUUUCUGAAGGACACCUGUAUAUGUGAAAUCGGAUACGAAGGAUUCGAUUGCGAAAAACAGGUUGACGGAUGCGCAGCGGAGCCAUGCCCUCUUGAUUGGAACUGCAAUAAUCUAAGCAUAGAACAAAUACAAGAAGGAAAGGCGUAUACAUGUGGUCCGUGCCCUAUAGGCUUUAUUACAGAUACAGACAACGACACAUGCGAAGAUGUUGAUGAGUGUUUGUUUGAAUCAAACGUUUGUGACGUCACAUCAACCUGUCAAAACACAGACGGUAGUUUCAUUUGUUUAUGCAACACGGGGUACAGAAUGGAUGAUAACAACCGAUGCAAUGAUAUCAACGAAUGCAACGAGGCUUUACACAACUGUACACACAAGUGCAACAACUUUGAUGGAGGAUUUAACUGCUCUUGCCCACAAGGCUACAACCUUAACCAAGCGGCCUGGACAUGCAUUAAAAAUUCAUCUUUAAAUUGUUCGGAAUGUCAUCAAGCUUCUGGUUGUGAAAUCAUAAAAAAUGAAACCAAAUGCUUUUGUGUGGAUGGGUUUGAAUUAGAUGACAGUGGCAAGAAAUGCAAAGAUGUGGACGAAUGCACCAGAGGUGUGUGCUCCCAAGGCUGCACAAACACGAAUGGGAGUUUUCAGUGCUCCUGUUUUGCUGGGUUCGAACUUGUUGACCGUGCAAAUUGUAAAGAAUGUGAUACCAACAAGUGGGGUGUUAACUGUUCAAACGAAUGCCAAUGUACCGGUCAAGGGGCCGAAUAUUGUGAUCCAGUGAAAGGGUGUAUAUGCCUACCUGGUUGGGAAGGCGCAACAUGCAAUGAUGAUAUUAAUGAAUGUAACCGGACUUACGACAUGUGUGGAGAUGUGAAAAAAGAGUGUGUGAAUAGCCUUGGGUCAUAUGCUUGCAGUUGUUUUGACGGAUUUACAGAAAACGAAGACGAAAAGUGCAUAGAUAUGGAUGAAUGUGCCAAUCCGUUAACCCGUAACUGUCACCCUGAAACACAGAGGUGUGUUAACACGUUAGGCGGGUACACAUGUGAAUGUGUGAACGGGUACACAAGAAAUGGUUCUUCUUGUGAAGAUGUAAACGAAUGCAACCUGCAGAUAUCAGGUUGUGCACAAAUGUGCGACAACAAGGCUGGCUAUUACAACUGCUUUUGCCACUUUGGCUACACGCUCAAUGACGAUAGGAAAACAUGCACAGAAGUGGACGAUCCGUGCAAACAACUGUACAACAAAACCUGCAGUCACUACUGCGUGAUAUCUCAGGAUAAAGCAGAGUGUAGAUGCUCUGAAGGAUAUCGUCUAAUGAACAAUGAAAUCUCCUGCGAAGAGGUCAACGAAUGUGAAGCAACUCCUAACAUUUGCGGGAAACAUGGCACAUGCACCAACUUGGAAGGAUCUUUUCAAUGUAAAUGUCCGUCAGGAACUAGACUUCAAAACGAUGGAAUCACCUGCUCGGAGUGUGAUGUAUUCCAUUAUGGUGUCAAUUGUUCAAAAGAAUGCUGGUGCCUUCACGGGACGUGCGACAGAAAGCAAGGAUGUUUGUGCGAUAACGGAUGGAUGGGAGAAAGCUGUGACAUAGACGUUAAUGAAUGUCGCAUUGGAACAAAGCAAUGUGAAGGCGUAAACACUGUUUGUAUGAACACUCCUGGCGACGCCGUAUGCUUCUGUGAAAAUGGGUUUGCGAGGAAAGAGACAACAUUAGAAUGUGAAGAUAUCAAUGAAUGCAACGAAAGUGAGAUGAAAUCCUGUCAUCAACGUUGUGUGAACACAAUUGGGUCAUAUAAGUGUGAAUGUCACAACGGGUUCAUCAUUGCGAACGGUCUUUGUAAAGAUAUAAACGAAUGUGAGAAAUACAACGACUGUCAUCACUCGUGCGAAAAUACAAUCGGAGGUUAUCGGUGCUCGUGCAGAAGGGGAUACAAGCUUGAUCUAUCAGACAGGAGGUCCUGCAUACCUGAUGUAGAAUGCAAUCGAGGAGAAGAAGACAAACAUUGCAAAGAAAACCAGCGUUGUUUGAUUCUUGACGGUAACCAAACAUGUGAAUGUUUGCCAGGUUUCGAAACUAUGGCCGAUAUCCAUUCCUGCAAAGACAAAGAUGAAUGUGAAGCCGAUACCAAUCCUUGUGAGCAGAGUUGCACAAACACUUAUGGCAGUUUUGUUUGUGGCUGUACUACAGGUUUCAUAUUAGCCAGUGACAAAUUCUCGUGCAUUGGUUGCGGCAACAGUACCUAUGGGGAAAGCUGCUCCUCGCAUUGUACAUGCAACGUAACUCACACAAAGUUUGUCUCGGAGUUUCAAAGUUGCCAAGCUGAAAACGGACAGUGCACAUGUAAAGAUGGAUGGGAAGGCAAACAUUGUGAUAAGGAUAAAAAUGAAUGUCUGGACGAUUCAAUUUGCUCCUCGUUCGACAACGCUGGUUGCCACAACUUGCCUGGAAACUAUUCUUGUGACUGUUUGAGAGAUUAUGAACAAGUAAACGGAACCUGCAUUGGGCCUCACAACACGACAGAGGUCGUCGUGCCAGACAGCGCCAUGCAUAUUGAAGUUAAAAUUAGUUUCAACUGGACAACGUCUGGUUUUAAUAUCAACGUGAGCAGCACUUACGAAGAAUAUAGAAAGGAAGCAGAAAGAAUGUUAAAGCACUACUAUAAUGAACAUUGGAAUGCAGAAGUUGAUGUCUACAUUAAGAACAUUUGGUCUGGUUCAAUUCACGGCGUGUUUGUCGUGACAUAUUCAAAGGAAGAUCCUGUCAUUGCCCAAGCGUUGUCAGCCGGAACAAGAGAGUUAAACAAAGCUAAACUAACAUUCUUUGGGGUGAUCGUUUAUCCGGACACAGUAACAUUUCCUGAGUUGUGUGAUGUGAAUUGCAACCAUUGCGUGCUGAAAGAUGGAGUUGCCAUUUGCAGAACUGAUCCGAGUGACUUGACGCCGGGCUUGGUAUUAGGAUUUGCUAUUGGAGGGGCCGCUCUUUUGAUUAUACUGAUGCUUAUUGUUGGUUUUCUUCUUCGACGUUGGAUAAUUAGACAAAUUGAGAAACGACUUUCCGUCAGGGUCGGAGCAACUUCGAUGAGUCAAGAAGUAAAGCCGGACGAGAGCACGAACCUUGAAAAAAGUGGGACUGCCCCCAUACCCGAACAUCCCGCAUGGGAAACAAUAUUUUCAGCUAGGGAAAAGUUCGAUGUAGUUCGUAACACACGAUGCCCGAAGGAAGCGUGGCAGUAAAUGAUGUUUACACGUGAAUUCCCGACGAUGAUUGUUUUCAUCGUUUUUAUUUAGCACCUUUUAACCAGAAUAUUUUAAGUAUCGUGCUGUAGUUUUUAAUACACUGAGAGUCUUUUAAACAUUUUCACCUCCAUAUUCUCUCUUUAAAUGACUUGUUACUAAAGCUAUGUCCAUUUUUAUUACUUUGAACCAGAAGUUACUCUUAGACUUUUCAAAUGCACCCUGCUGUUUACUAAAGUAAUUUGUACGUGACUGUUUACAAACGUUUUCACAAAUUAUGCCGAAAGGGCAUUUGGUCAGAUACACUAAAUGUGCUACAAUGAUUAAAUGAAACUAUAUUUCGAAAACCAGUGUAAUGUUGAAAUUAUACUCAUUUGUAAAGCAGCACCACACUUCCGUUGGCGUUUCAUACUUUACCUGGUACACUUGUUAAUACGAAUCAGAACUACUUACUGAAUCGAUUUUGUUGGCUGUUCAUACUUCACCUUGUAAUCGUGUAAUAAGAGCAACAGCAACACACUUAAUCACUUCCGUUAGCUGUGUACACUUUACAUGGUACCUGGUUUUGUUAAUGAGAAUACCAGCAACACACUAAAUCACUUCCGUUAGCUGUUUACACCUUACAUGGUACCUGGUUCUAUAGCUAAUCAGAAUUCCAGCAACACCCUUAAUCACUUCCCAAAGCUAUUUACGCCUUACCUGGUACCUGUUUUUUUAGGUAAUUAGAAUCACAGCAACAUAUUUUAUCACUUCCGUCUGCUGUUUACACUUGAGCUUGUACUGCUGUUAAUCAGAAUCGUUAUCCACACUAAAUCACAUCCGUUUGCAUAUUUUAGCUGCUACUGUUUGUACUUAGGUUUGAUUGAUUUUGUUUUAAUUUUCUAUUGCUUUAAUUUAUUAAAUAAAACAUGUUCUUAUUA